AUGGCCAUCAGCAACCACCGAGUGAGUCUACUCUAUGACAUACAACGCUGGCACUCCCGCAUCGACGCCCGCUCCACCACAUACUCCCCAUCAGGGCGUAGUCUAGCUAUCACUAUCCGCCUUGGGAAAGGCACUCUCGUUACACUACUCGGCACGUAUUUUCAAGACAAUCCCGCAGCCCACAAGGAGGACACGGACCGUGAAUGGCAAUGGCUAGCACAGGCAGCUAGGCAGCUACCCGCGUCACAGGUUGACUUCAACACCUAUGGGCCCAACCCCCUCGACCGGUCAGCCCCAACGCCACGCACUGGCGCCAACAACGACAUCGGCAUUGCUUUCCAGCAAUGGACGCAACGCUUGGGACUCAUCUCCACCUUCCGGCACCGCCACCCUACCCUCCAAAGGCACACCUACGCCCGCAACAACACAGCCGUUACUCUCGACGAUAUCUACAUCUCGGCCCGAACAGCCCACAAAGUGGGAGCUAGUGGCAUCUGGCUGCACACCAUCAACUCCAGUGAUCAUGCAGGCACUCCAUACAUGGCUCUGGACGUUUGCCCCGGCGAUCAUACCCCCUCCCGGCUUACUGGAGUCCGACCCAUACGCGCCGUCAACACCCGCACCCUUGCCAAGGCGGAAAUUGAUUCCUUCGGCGCACACACAUCCCAACUUCUCAUGACAGGUCAGCUCCCCCAACUCACCCCCGCGCCCCCCUCUACCGCCGCCACAACGUGGUCCCCCCAAGAAAUCGAGGACUGGCUUGACAGCGCCAUCAGCAACCUCUACGACAUCUUCUACGCCUACAUGAGGCGGCUCCACGAACUGGCACAGAAUACACCCGACUUGCCCACCUAG